CAAUAGAGAAAAAUUAAAUUUCAAAUUGAGCCCUAAAACUAAAACCCUCUUUCAUGGCGGUUGGGGAAUGCCAGGUUUGCGGGUCGGGUCCGUUCCUCGUCCACAACGUUCCUCACCACGGCGUUUUUGCGGACCUCUGCACCGCCUGCUUGCUCCGCCACAAGCGCGACACCUUCUGCCCCGUCUGCUUCGACAUCCACGACGACACCGCCGCCGCUGGUGCCCGCAUCAUGUGCCUCCGAUGCCCCGCCCUCGCCCACCUCACCUGCCUCCCUUCCUCCCACUCUAACCGCUACCUCUGCCCCCAUUGCUCCGAUCCCUCUUUUUCCUUCAUCGAUUCAACUACUGCUCUCGUCUUCACCAAAGAAUCUCUCUGCGCCGCCAAAAUUGCCGCCGCUGCGAUGCACAGGGCGGCAGCCCUUGCUAGAGCCGAUGCGGAGCAGAAAGUGAUGGGAGCUCUGCUGGCCAGACGAAACGCCAAGGAAGCAAUUGAGAGAGUCGCCUCCUUAAUGUCCAAUCAAAACCAUUCCGAUGUCAUCUGAUCAAUUUCAGAGAGUAUUUCAUUCAUAUUAGUAUAAUUUACAUUAUCGAUCUGUGAAUUCUAUUUCUCGCUUUGUUAUGUACACAGUGCACAAUUGCAUCCGUUACUACUUAA